CAUACGAAGCCGUUCAUAUUGUGGAUGUAUAAGAUACCCAGUCAAUCCUCUGAAACUAUUUAAGCAUUCAGUUACAUGCAUUUACUGCGAAAUAGAAUGGUAUUACUUUAUAACAUACCCUUAAUAUAUUUUGUCUAAUGGUUUACAAUUUCAGAUUUAACCAAUCGGCGUCAUGCGGUUCAAACCGCGACGCACUCUGGGUGUUGCUACCUUGACCUUUGUCGUGACCUACUUUCUGAUAUCGGUUUCCAAGCAACACAAGCAGGCCCAGUAUACAGAACCAGAAGUGUACAUGGAUGUCCAAGAUUCACCAGCUCCAACAUUCGACGAUGAAAAUGGAACGUCUGCAAUGGAAAUCAUAUUUCAGCCAAUGGCAGAUGUUGAUUUUCCAUCAGUGGGAGACGGGACACCAUUGAUUCCUCAUGUAUUUCACCAGACUCACUACACGCUGUAUCUCAAAAAGACAUACUUAGAUGUGAUAAAAUCUCUAAUGAAAUACAACCCUUCUUGGGAGUAUUUUUUCUGGACUGAUGAAGGUGGUCGGAAGCUUAUAGCCUCUAAGUACGCCCAGCUGUUGAAAUUGUACGACAACUUUAAGAAUCCAGUUGAGAGAAGCGACCUGAUACGGUAUAUAGUUCUAUACGAGUUUGGCGGUGUGUACUUAGACACGGAUAUUGAGGUGUUUCGGCCCUUGGACAGGGCUACUACAUCCUUCUCAUGCAUUAUACCCACCGAACCAUACGAGCAUAGUGUCCUAUUCUAUGAAAAGCCUUACAUCAUAAACAACGCCAUCAUGUUGUGUCGCGCCGGACACCCGUUCUUAAAACAGGUGUUGGACAACAUUUUAUUCAGUUCAGAUGGCAAGCUGGUUCUGGACAGGACAGGGCCUGUUUUUUUGACUCGUCAAUAUAACGUGUAUGUAAACAGAGUGACUAAAAGUAAAAUGAAAACAAAAACAAAGCAUGAGAAUACCAGUUUGUUAGAACCAUAUGCUGUGCGGGGAAACUUCCAUAUCGGUGAUAUUGAUGGAGUCUAUGUGCCAAACACUAUGUAUUUUAACAACAAAGCAGACCGCCCAUUUCUCUAUUGCAACAAUGCCGAUAAUCUAAGUACAAAGAAUAAGACUCUUAUUUGCCGUGAUGUUUUACGUCAGGGUGAAACUUACAAACCAUUUCAAUAUCAAUUCACGGUGCAUCAUUGGUUCCACUCUUACUACUUCCUAACUCAUUCAGAAUUCAAAGACAAGUUCUCGAAGGAUUUUGAUAGAUUUGCAUACAACUAUUUAUUUGGAACUCAUAUACGGGAGAUUAUACCAAAAGCCUUAGUUUUUGACGUUUAGGUAAAUAACAUGACAAUUGGGGCAAAAGUCGUUUUCAUAAAACUACUCAUUUCCUCACUUUAGUCAAUUUCUAAAACUUUUCAAAGUCAAAUUAAUAGAAAUGCCUUAGUAGUUUUAUCAUUUAAGUAUGUUCUUUAUAAUAUGAUUAAUGAAAACAAUGUAUUUUGGAAAUUCUUUAUUUUAUAUUUCAUAUAACCAAAGAGAUACUUAAAAUAGGAGAGUGACUUAAAUUAGGAGAUGACUUAAGAAGUUUUAUGAAUACCGCACCAGCAAUACUGGAUACUAGUAACUUCAAAUAGAUGUGCAUCUCCAAAUUUAACAUUCGGAACUACUCGGCCAUUUUUAUCGAAAACAACCUCGGAUUUAUAUGGACGGUUUACAAUGACAGAAACCGGUAAAUUUGAAGUCCGCUACAUGUAGAUCUCGUAGUGAUGUUUUUAGCAGUUAAACUUAAGAACUUAACUCUUGGGAAUCUUAAUUAUGUUCGCAAUAAUACACUUUACUGGCAAUCAAUUUAAACUUAGAUCAACAAAUGCAUUUAUUUAAUGAUAUAAUUCAAAAUUUUAAGAACUACUGCUGCUGAGCCACAAAACUUCCGAACAGAAAUAUUAAAAACGGCGAUCUGUCUUAUAUCACUGUUUUUAGAUAUUCACACAAAUUUUGGUUCAUUCCUAGACAAAAAAAUAAAAACAAGUUGUCAAAACGGUCAAUCUGUGAAAUUGCAGCUUUCAUGCAGGUUUAAUGUAUAUAAAUGGCUGUUGCUGUUUUGAGGGGAGGUCAUUUGUUUAAUCUCGUCAGUGUUGAAGGUAUCCAAGACCAUGUUCAGUCCUUACAUAAGUAAACUGAAAUGAUCAAUUAUGAUCGUCAUGAUGUUACAAUGUUUAGGACGAUGCCAUGUGUUUAGGAGCAAACAUCCUAGGUUGUUUUCGAUAAGAAUGGCCGAGGAGUUUCGAAUGCAAAUUUCAUUGCCCUUUACCCAAAAUGAUAUGAAGGACUGCAAUCAGUUAUAUACAACUGUAUAAGGUACCCUGUUGUUAUGAUUUAGCUAGUUUGCACAUGAAAGUAAUUUGAUUGGUCAACAAUAAUUACUUGAUAUGGCUCACGUGAACUGGUUUGUGUUGUAUCUCUGUUGCAUCGCAGCGCAUACACUGGAAUGAAACGUAAGCCGCAAAUACGUCAAGUUAUUUUAACAGGACUAAAAACUGCACUCUCACAGAUGGACCGGUUUGACAACUUUUCUUUAGAAUGAGCCAAUGUCUGCGUAAAUGUCUGAAAACCAGUUAUUUAAGACUUCUGACAAAGGAUCACGUCGCAGUUUUUCAUAUUUACGUUCGAAAACUUAUGUUUUAUGCCGUUUUUUUACAGCGUAAGUAACACUUUUAGACACAUAACUGCAGUUUUCGAAUGUAAAUAUUUAAAAAUCGCGUUCUAAUAUUUAAACACCAGUCUAAUAUAACUGGUUUCCAGAUAUACACGCAAAGAUUGGUCCAUUCCAAGACAAAAACAUAUAAAAACAAGUUGUCAAAACGGUCAAUCUGUGAAAUUGCAGCUUUCAUGCAGGUUUAAUGUAUAUAACUGGCUGUUGCUGUCUUGAGGGGAGGUCAUUUUUUUUAAUCUCGUCAGUGUUGAAGGUACCAAAGACCAUGUUCUGUCCUUACACAAUUAAACUGAAAUGAUCAAAUUAUGAUCGUCGUGACGUUUAAUGUUUAGGAUGUUGUCAUGUGUUUAGUUACUUUCACCUGAUGAAGACUAAAUAAAGACGUAAAACCUUGUAAAAGCAGGAGUUGUCUUCUCUUUUUUGAUAUCUAUCAACUACUAAAACCACAUGAAUGUUUACACAUCUGCUUUAGUAGUGUGUGUACACCACGUGAUAAAUUACGUCACAAAUGCUACGUCGAAAGGCAAUAUUUUGCUUCAAAUAAAAACUUUAAACAAAGACGCUGUUUACGCCGAUUACAUAGCCCCGCCUUCGAUUUUUUUCUAUAGUUUGAUUAAGUGUUUAGUUUCUUAAAACACUUCGACAAACAUUUCCCCAAAACCGCAUGUCAUAGCAUUAUUUUUGGAAACAGGUUUUCGCAGUGUUUAAUGAAAAUAAUCACCUAAUCAAACUCCGGUUAUAAAGCACAGGCGGUGCUCUUUUGGCGGCUUAGACUGCCCUUUGUUUCAUGAUAUAAUUCAAAAUUAUCCGAACUACUUCUGCUGAUGUACCGGCAUACAUCCGAGGGUGUUUUCGAUAAGAAUGGCCGAGGAGUUUCGAAUGCAAAUUUCAUUGCCCAUUAACCCAAACGUUUUGGUAUGUUCUAAAUGAUAUGUUGUUGUUGUUGAGUUUAUAAAGGUCUGCCCGCGCCCUAUAAUGGCUGCAUUAUGGCUUGACCCCGUCACAUCCCCAAGUGUGACUUAAACAGAAUUUUGAAGCCAAAAGGGGAGUUUUACCCCCAUCGGUUGAUGGGAUAUUCGUCAA